AUGUUGAAUAUCUUUAUUUUCGGAAAAUAUAGUGAGAACUGCAACAAAUGUCCCGAUGAUCAAUGGCCAAAUGAGGAAAAGGAUGAAUGUAUACCAAAAAUAAUAGAAUUUCUAUCAUUUGAGCAGGACAUCAUGGCUAUAAUUUUUCCCUCCAUAUCUGGACUAUUUCUUAUCAUAACAGUCUCCGUAGCCGGGAUUUUCCUCUCAUUCUUGGACUCUCCUAUAGUAAAAGCCAAUAAUCGGAACAUCAGCUUCAUUCUUCUUCUAUCCCUGAAGCUGAGUUUAUUCUGUGUGUUCCUGUUCAUUGGUCGUCCAGAUGAUAUAACCUGCAUGUUACGACAAAUCUCCACCGGAGUCACCUUCACUGUUGCGGUGUCUUCUAUCCUGGCCAAGACCAUUAUGGUUUCCAUUGCUUUCAAAGCCACCAGACCUGGAAGCUUCUGGAGGAAAUGGAUGGGGGUAACACUGCCCAAUUCUGUAGUAUUGAUCUGCUCCCUUGUUCAGGUUCUGAAUGGAAUUAUUUGGUUGUCGGUUUCUCCUCCAUUUCAGGAGCAGGACAUUGAUUCUUAUCCUGGAAAGAUCAUCAUUCAGUGUAAUGAAGGUUCUGUGGUAGCUUUUUAUUUCAUGUUGGGUUAUUUGGGGUUUCUGGCAGCAUUGAGUUUUGUUUUGGCCUUUAUGGUGAGGACAUUACCUGAUAUCUAUAAUGAAGCCAAGUACAUCACCUUCAGCAUGCUGCUGUUCUGCAGUGUGUGGAUCUGUGCCAUCCCAGCGUAUCUGAGCAGUAAGGGGAAGAACAUGGUCACGGUGGAGAUAUUUGCUAUAUUGGCUUCAGAAAUUGGGAUUUUGAGCUGUAUAUUUGCUCCCAAAUGUUACAAUAUUAUUUUGAGGCCGGAAGUAAACAGUAGAAUGCAGUUCCUGGAAAAAUCCUAG